CAGAAGCCCGACCGGAUGUUCUGCUCCAGCUUCCAAAUAGAAGCCAGGUCUGUGGGACACACAGUGCUGACAGUGAGCGUUCGUGUCCACCAGCAGUCCUUGCAAACAAGUGCAACGUUUGCUGCUUAUGAGCCUCUCAAGGCCGUCAACCCGGUGGCUCUGGUGACCUGGAAGGCAACCAAGGAGAUUGUUUUCGAGGGUGGCCCAGGGCCGUGGGUUCUGGAACCGUCCCGUUUCUUUUCGGAACUGACUGUAGAACAUAGAAGUAAAAUUGAGGUGGUGCAAAUCCGCCUGCCAACCCAAAGGAAAGUGAAGCAGUACGUGUACCGUGCGGCGUGCCUGGAGCUGGGGGAGCAGGUGCUCACGUUCCGUGCAGGGAACCGGGCUGGGCUGCUGAACCCCGCACCUGCUGUGGAGUCAGCCGUGGUGACGUUCAUCUGUGCUGCUCCUGUCAGCAUGGCUGUGAGCCCGUCGUAUGGAGCUGCUCCACCUUGUCUGCUGCCACAGCACAGCGAGCAGCUG